GGAAGAAAGGACUACUAUAAAAGAAGGAAGAGCCAGCCAACUUUUUAGUUUAAAGCCGCUGGUCUCGUGCGCACACACACACAGAGAGGCGCGGGCACACACGCACAUACACGCGCGCUCACGCAACCCUGCUCUCCGUUUCUUGAACCUCCCUUCGACGAGUCCUGAUGGCCCGACGGUGUUUUCCCGCGGCGGGGGCGCCAGGUGCUCCAGCCUUGCUGCUGUGCGCGGUGCUCGCCCUGCUUCCCUCCGACUCAGGUAGCUCUGCAGUACAGAGAGCUGUAAACAUAACUUGGUCAUCAAUCAAUUUUAAGACUCUGCUCCACUGGGAUCCAAAGCCAGUUGGUUAUGUUUAUACAGUUGAAAUGGACGGAUAUCUCCUAAACCGAGAAAAAGUAUGCAUUCAUACCAGUAAAACUGAAUGUGAUGUUACUAAUGUGAUACUACAGAAUUUAAACGAUACUUAUACGGCACGCAUAUAUUCCGAAAUACCAUAUGAUGAAGAUAAUGUUGAAACACCUCCAUAUGAAGUUUCUUCAAAGUUUGUACCUUACACACAAACUGAGCUUGGAACACCAACCGUAACAUAUUUUGAACAAAAAGAUAACAUUCUAAAAGUGGAAGUAGCCGAUCCACUAACACCGUAUAGAGUUAAUGGUACAUUGCAAACUAUCAGGGACAUAUUCAAAAACGAUUUGGAAUACAUGUUAUACUACUGGAAGGAUCAGAGUACAGGCAAGAAAUCAGCAAAGACAAAAACCAAUCAAUUUGCAGUUGACGUUGAUAAAGGGAAGAGCUAUUGUUUCUAUGUUCAGGCUAAUAUUCCAAGCACCUUAAGUAACCAGAAAAGUCAAAAAAGCAGUAUAAAAUGUACUAGUAUUCACAGGGAAGACUUGGAUGCUCUUGAUUUGGACAAAAUCCUCAUAAUAGUAGGUGCUGCUGUCGGAAUCCUCAUUCUGAUUAUUGUUUUGUCUGUGGUGAUAUACAAGUGUACAAAAGCAAAGCGCAGAUUGACAGAAAAAGAAAAUAUGCCUCCAAAUUUGUAAGGACUAAACACUUAACCCUGGUUGAUCAAAAGGCUUGACAUGCGUUAACAAUGAUGCUAUGGGAGGAAAAAAAAUCCACUCUGGAAGCAAUAAUAACUGACUCUCCGUUGUACAACCAUUUAUGGUUUCUGUGAAACUUCUGAUUUUAAAACACUAUUUUAAACUCCUGUUACAACUUCACUGUUAAAACAAUGAGAACUGUUUGAAAUAUAUUAACUGACGCAUAUGAUGAAAUGUUACCAUUUCUACUGCGCUUUUGGUUGCAUCUUUUUAUAUUGGGUGAUCUGGGUACAUUAAGUGGUGAUAAAGCUGUACGAAUGAGGUUUUUGGCAGUCUGAUCUUGCAUAAAAGGCAUGGUACAACUUUCCUUUAAACGUUAGAUUAUGUUGCAAGAAAAUAACUGAUAAAAAGGGAAAGAUUCCCUUGAGCUGAAAUUGACAAUUGACCAGGCAAGCAGUUCAGAAAUGCCUUUGUUGGGCAGAUAUCUGGCAACGACUCUUAAAUAAUUAUUCCAUUUUAAUAAAAACUGUGUCAACUAUUUCAGCUGGCCAACCUGUUGUUGGCUGCCAUUGCCAGAACUUAGCACUUUAAAUAUGUAUUAGUCAUUAGCUGCUGGACAGAAAGAAAUCUUAACUUUUUAAUAAUUCUGUAUAACUGUAAAUACAUGUGGUGUGAAUUGAGGCUCUGUGGUACUGUAAUAACAUAUUUAUGAUUUUAAUGAAUGAAAAUAUAUUUGUAUAUAUUGCAUUAAUUUAUUUAAUAUAAUAAUAAUAAAGGUAAAUGGGGACUACAGAAGUACGUUUUUUGAUUUUGGGCAUUUGGUGGUUUUUAUUAUCAAAUGUUUUGUCAGUGCUGGCUAAAAAUGGGCUUGUCAUUGUACAUUUUAAAACUUGUCAAGUUGUCAGCUAAACCACAACAUUAAUUGAGGAAUUAGAGAAGAAAUAUAUUUUCUCAUCAAGUACCAUAAUUAGGAUUUCUUUUAACACAUGCAUUGUUUGUGCUUCUGUUCCUGUAAAAUACAUAUAGUUAUUUGCAGAAAUACAUUUCAAGUGUGCCAACAUGAAUUCACUAGUAACUCAAAUCUUAGCUCCACCAUCUGACAGAAACAUAUAACAACCAUGGUUUACUGAUGAUUUAUAAAAUUCAUAGAACAUUCUCUAUUUGAAAUGUAGAAUAUACUCCUAUAAUUCCUAUGUGUGUUCUGUGUUGUAUAGAGUUCUUUAUAUAGUAAAUAUUAUAACUAUGUUGUGGGAUUGUUGUUUUUUAGCAAGUGGAGAAGUAUAUGUAUAUAAUGCUAGGGUGGUACAAAUAAGUAAUUGUAAUUGUACGCAUUUAUAAACAUUACCUCCUAUUUAGAAACAAGGGAGGUUAACUACAGUGGUAUCAUACAUUAUAACAAGGUCAGUGAACAAGUCCAGGCUGCCAAAAGGUAUGUCAGGAAUGUAAUUAGGAGCUUAACAUAGAAUGUGGUUCUUGUGACUAUUUUGAAUAAAAAGCUUAUGAAGU